AUGAGUACCUCACAAAAGCUGCAAAAGACCGAAGAGUAUACUUUUUUGUCGCCACAAUGGUUUUACAACAUGUACUACAUUCAUUUCCCAUUCAUUAUGUUGACAAGAGUAGAAACUUUACUUCUUCAUGGAAGUCUACUACUUUUCAUUUUCUUGAUAGUAUAUGGAACGUACUCGUACUUGUUUUAUGGGUUGAUGAAGGCAUUGUCUCAAGGUUAUUAUUUUGCAUUUGGAGAUACACAAUAUUGA